AUGACGUACUAUGACCAGAUCGAGAUCGAGGACAUGACGUUUGAUCCCCAGACCAUGCUCUUCACAUACCCUUGUCCAUGUGGUGAUAGAUUCCAAGUGUUCAUUGAUGACUUGAAAGAUGGCGAGGACGUUGCUGUUUGUCCGAGCUGUUCACUGAUGAUCCAGGUGAUAUUUGAUGAGGAGGAUUUGGACGAAUAUUACGCAGAG